UUUAUUUUUAACACUUUUUUUUUUGUACUAUACCAUUCGUAUUGAUUUACUCCACCAAAGUUGUAUCAUGAGUAUAUAUGGGGGUUGGUGUAAAUAAUACAUGUGAUUGUGGAGAGACAAUAUAUGUUGUGUGGAGGGGUGAGUCAAAACUAUUAUGUGUUCUAAGAUAGAAGAACAAGAACUAGGAGAAGAAGUAGAACAACCACACCACCAAGAAAGUGAUCAUCAUCAUCAUCAAAAUCUUGAAAACAUCCAAACAUUUCAAGAUCACCCACAACAACAAAUCAUUCAACAUCAAAACAAUAGUAUGGGUUUUAAUGAUUAUUCAUACACAUCAGAAGUCUCUCCAAUCUUACACCCACAGCAACAACCAUGGAUCUUACCUCAUCAUCAAGUAUUUCACCACCACAACAUGACCGGAUCAUACACCCCGGCCGAUCUCCCUUUCCCAUCGGGAGACCAUAGCUCUUUCCUCUUCCCUCCUCCACCGCUGCCAUCAUCUUUAUCAUCCUAUGGUGGUUUGGUUAAUAAUAGGAGGGUACCUACUGCUGGCGGUGGUGGGUUGCAGUUUGGAUUUGAGGGUAGUACGUCGUCAGCGGACCACCAGUUAAGGCUCAUCUCAGAGACACUAGGACAGAUGGUUCAACCAGCUGGAGGGUCUAUGCCAUUUGGACUCCAUGCUGAAAUGGGCAAGAUGACUGCUCAAGAGAUCAUGGAUGCUAAAGCUUUAGCAGCUUCAAAGAGCCAUAGUGAAGCAGAACGACGUCGUAGAGAGAGGAUCAACAAUCAUCUUGCCAAACUUCGUAGUUUACUUCCUAGCACCACCAAAACGGACAAGGCUUCAUUGUUAGCUGAAGUGAUACAACACGUAAAGGAACUCAAGCGACAAACAUCCAUUAUAGCCGAACAAACUCUAGUCCCUACUGAGACCGACGAGCUGAUGAUUGACAACACAUCAGAUGAAGAUGGCAAUCUAGUGAUUAGAGCAUCAUUAUGUUGUGAGGACCGGUCAGAUCUUUUACCCGACCUCAUCAAAACCCUAAAAGCACUUCGACUAAGAACUCUAAAAGCCGAGAUCACUACACUUGGAGGGCGUGUAAAGAACGUCUUGUUCAUUACCGGAGAGCAAGAUUUGAACAACAACGAAAGUACCAAUAAUUAUUCGAUAAACAUGAUCCAUGAAGCAUUCAAAGCGGUGAUGGAGAAAACAAAUGGCGGAGAUCAUGAAGCUUCAGCUGGAGGUGUUAAGAGACAAAGAACAAACAACAUUAAUGUUCUUGAUCAUCGAAGGACUUGAUCGAUAUAUAUAUUAAUUAAGUCGAUCUAGCUCCUUAUAUAAUGAAACAUUUACUACAUCAUAUCAGUGCUUACUAGCUAGUACUCCAUAUAUUAAGAAUUUCCGUUAAGAUCGAUCUUGCUGGUAUAAGUCUUUCAUUAAUUUGUA